GACGCACGACCUGUCCAGACGACUCCGCCGGUCCAACGCGCUGCCAGGUGUCAUGACGCGGUCACAGCUGAGGACGGUGCCGAUGAUGCUGGCUCUGCUGCUGUCGGUCGUCUCGGGCCGCACGUUCCUCGUGAAGGGCAGCGAGAGCUCGGACGGCUGCGGCCAGAACCCGCUCGUGACGCUGCUCAACGCAGCUCAGCAGUUCCAGGGACUCUCCAUGAGCCAGCUGAUGAGCGCUCUGGAGCACGACCGCGACGCCUUCGGUGAGCUGCUCGGUUUGAUCCAGGCCUACCACGACUGCGUCCGCACCGGCGACGGCAUACGCUACAAGCGCACGCGCUCCAACACGCGCAGCUCGAUCUUGUCGCUGCUGCGGCCGGCAGUCCCGUGCGAGAUUGCCGCUCUCGCGCACAGCGCGCGUCCCGAGCGGUCACCGCUGAAGCAGGACUGCUGA